AAAGAGCCCUUAUCUGUAGCAGCAGAAGAAGAGAAAGGAUGAUGAGUCUCUCCAUUGCCUCACCUUCAGGUGUUACCUUCACUUCCAAGAUGAACCUCUCUAAAUCCUCCUUCCAUGGCAUUCAGAUUCCUAAAAUCAUGCAGGCGCGUGCAGUAAACGCGCCGCCUCACUCUUGUUCGUCUUUGGUGGUGAAAAUGGCGAAGAGGGAAGAGGAAUUGAAGGAAAUCAGAACUAAGACUACUGAAGAGCUUCAGGAAGAGAUUGUGGACCUUAAAGGUGAGCUAUUUAUGCUUCGUCUUCAAAGGUCAGCUCGAAAUGAGUUCAAGUCCAGCGAGUUUCUGCGAAUGCGCAAAAGGAUUGCAAGGAUGCUUACAGUUAAACGGGAGAGAGAGGUUGAAGAAGGGAUUAACAAGAGGAUAUCCAGGAAGCUCGACCGGAAAUGGAAGAAAAGCAUUGUCCCUAGACCACCACCCUCUUUGAAGAAGCUACGAGAGGAGGAGGCAGCAGAAGAAGCUAAGGAAUCUGCCUCCUGAUUACAGACAAUUAAACUAGCAGGCAAAUGUUGUAUUUCUUUUCUGGCCUCUCCUCUCAUUUGUUUCUUCCUCAUACGUAUAGUUUAUAACUGCUCCUGAAUUUUUGUAUUGAAUCAACUUAAUUUGCAAGUGACCAUUCUUAACUAUGUUCCCAGUCAUUGAGGAUUGUG